AUGACACCGUUUUUCGUCCUUCUUUACAUUAUAUAUUUUGCAAGUUCUGUAACUCAAGGUGAAAAAGAUAAGUUACAUCAGUGUAAUGGGUAUCAAGCGAAUUAUAACAUUACUGAUGUUCUGGGAACUUGGUUUGUAGUAGCUCUUGUACCAGAUAGAGGGUUUCCAAGGUUGAGACAAAUCUCGUGCUAUAAAAUGGACAUUAGUGAAACUGAUGAGGCUGGACUCAGAUGGCUAGUAAGUAGGAAAUUUGAAUCGCCAAGUCAAGAGUUAAUAGAUAGAAUUAAAGGAACUAUAAUAAGACAAAGGUAUCAUUCCGAAAAGCCUUUUGAUAUAUGGUCAAAAUCUAUACCCGGAAUAAAUGGAUGUUUUAAACAGCUUUUCUCUUUAGAAACUAAUAAUUCCAGGAUUGCUGACGCUGAAGCACUAGGGACUGGUAUGCAAUUGCAUUUAAUGGAAUCCAAUGAUGAGUUUGGACCGUAUUUAGUCCAAAUUCUAUGGGGCAGACUUAUAUCGGCUGUUAUUUAUCGACGAACGGAAGGUGUCUCAUCAGAAAGACUAGUACCAAUCCACGAUUUCUUAACAAACCUGCGAGGAUAUCAGAAAAUGCCUAGAAUUUGCGAUCCGCCUUCUAAAGAAGUUGUGCCACCACCGACUACUCUUGAG